AUGGAUGUUCAACAGCUCUUUACAAUUCUUAAGAAGGAAGCUGAAUGCCCACUGUGUUUGGGGACAGUCAAUAAUCCCAAGACUUUGCCAUGUAUUCACUCAUUCUGCCUCGAGUGUCUUGACAAACACGCAAAUUUUGCAAGAAAACAGCUACAAGCGACAAUCAAAUGCCCGGUUUGUCAGACAUCUUUCCAAAUUCCUGAAGGAGACUCGUUCAAGAAUUUGCCUACAUCUUAUCAUCUCAACCGAUUGGUGGAUGUUCUCGCUCUUAAAGAUGGCGGCACACAGACCCAGAAAUGCAGCAGCUGUGAUGAAAACAAUACAGCUUUCUCUUACUGUUUCGUCUGCCAAGUAUUCCUCUGCACUGCUUGUUUUGAAGCUCAUCAGCGGCUGAAGACCACAAGAGGUCAUCACAAUGUUGUGAUAGAGAAAUUAAAUGUGCAAGAUGUUCAAGAGUUGAUCCACAGACCCGUCAUGUGUUCGCAGCAAUAUCACGAAAAUCAGCCGCUGGAAUUUUAUUGCGAAGAAUGCAAAGUUCUUAUUUGCCACAAAUGUAGUGUAGUGGGCCAUAAUCGACACACCAUGACAGAUACUCAGAAAACUGCACAAGUACAGAAGAUGCAAAUGAAGGACGUUUUGGAGAAAGUGAAAGCGGAAACUGUAAUUUACGAGAACGAAAUAAGGAAACAAACCGAGCUAAUGGACAAAACCAAAAAUGAGAUUUUGUCAGCGGAAAAGAAGAUGACAGAUGCCGUGGAGGAACGUAUCCGUGAAUUACGGGAACAUGAGAGGGUCAUGAAAGCCAAAUUUGCUGAAAUUUAUGAGGCGCAACAAAAACAUCACGCGACACGACUAGAAAACUUUGAGUUGGUUUUGACUCAACUGCAAAGCUGCAUUGAGCGAGGUGAAAGCGCACUAGAAAGAAACGUCAGCGCCGAGAUUCUUCAAACAAAUCAGAUCAUUGUUGGACGCUGUGAAGAACUUUUAAAUGUAACAAAACCUGACAUUUAUAAACCACCGCACGUGCAUUAUAUAAUCGAAAAUCAACUGUAUCAGGAUUUGGACCGAAUUGUGGUUAGUAAUACAGAUUCUUUGCUGUCUUUAGCGGAAGUGGACAAUCAAGAACUUGUAAGAGAAAAAACAGUGGCAAAUUUCAUCAUUGUAACCAGAGAUUCAGGUGGAAUGCAGUGUUUUCAUGAAGGUGAUCAAGUAAAAGUUAACAUUUCAACUCCAGAAGGUGAUCUACUGGAAACAGAAAUAAAAGACACCAAAGACGGCAAAUACACAGUAACAUACACCCCACAGUGUGUUGGACAACAUAGAGUAGAGAUCCAAGUUAAUGGACAGCCGCUGACUGGUAGUCCCUGGGUUGUACACGUGAUUCCGCAUCAGUAUCAAUUUGCGUUUCAGUUUGGAUCAGGAGGGGAACAGCAGGGACAGUUUAACGAGCCUUUGGAUAUUGCUGUGAAUGAUAAUAGUAGAACGCUUGCUGUUGCUGAUGUAUACAAUAAGAGAGUUCAGAUGUUUGAUUUUGAUGGGAAUUUCCUGAGAGAGAUUGCGCUAGAAGCUGAAACGUAUUCGGUGGCUUUUACCGAGUCUGGUGACCUCCUUAGCUUUGUCGCUCGUGUCGACCGUAAACUUCCCCUGUACACUGAGGGUGGUCAAUUCAUUCAAUAUAUUAGCGAUGAACAUGCGAAGAAACCGUGGUACAUCACUGUGAGGAGUGAUGGUCGCAUUAUCACAUGUGACAUGGUUGAAAAAACAAUCAACGUUCUUAGCCCUGAUGGGAAGAACUUACUUGAGUCGUUCAGAGCUCCAGGUUGUGAUGGUAUGCCAUGGUGUGUUGUUUAUCACCAGGACAAAUUCUUUGUUUGUUACUGUGAAGGUCACCGUGUCGUGAUAUUUAACAACGAAGGUAAGUAUGUGUAUGACAUUGGCAGCGAGGGAUCUGGUGAUUUACAGUUAAGGUUUCCCAUUGGUCUCGCUAUUGACAAGUUUGACCGGUUGAUCGUUUGCGAUGGGGGAAACUGUAAGCUGCAACUUUUCACUCUUGACGGAAAAUAUAUCACUAAGAUAGCCGGAAAUUUUUUUCACCAUGGUAAGCUUUUACGUUGUGCCCUGUCUAAUACUGGAAAUUUGUUUAUCACAGGAAAAGGGAAAAACUGUAUUUAUGUUUUCAAUUAG